UCUCCAGUUAUUAUUGCAAAAUUUCCACUAUAAUUCUAGACUUAUUAAAAGUUUGUUCUUAGCAAAUCAAAUAGCUGUACACAUAGGGAAAUUUGAAGCCAUAACCGAGGAAGAAAAUUACUUGUAACCUAUAAACAGUCAUCUUCAAAUCGACGAAACUCGGCAAAAGAUUUUUAAAGAAAACAUAUAUCUAAAUAAUAAUCAUCAAUGUAUAAACAGUGACUGGUUAUACACUGAUGUCUGCAAAAAAUUAUAUUAAAUAUGACCAUGUAAUAACUAAAAUAAAUACAAUUUUAAUGGAUGAAUAUAAAACAGAUUAUACCAAAAUUUGGAAAUAAUUAAAAAGCGGUCUGAAACUAUUUAUUGUUGCAAAUAAUUAAUUUGACAAUAAUAUGGCUGGCAAUUUUUGGCAAAGUUCACAUCAUCAACAAUGGCUUUUAGAUAAACAAGACUUAGUACGAGAACGACAACAUGAUCUUUCACUUUUAACGGAAGAAGAAUAUCAGAAACUGUUCAUAUUUUUCUCAAAUCUGAUACAAGUGUUAGGUGAACAAUUAAAACUAAGACAACAAGUUAUAGCUACAGCAACUGUUUAUUUUAAAAGAUUUUAUGCCCGCAAUAGUUUGAAAUGUAUAGAUCCCUUGUUAUUAGCACCUACAUCAGUUUUUUUGGCUUCCAAGGUAGAAGAAUUUGGAGUUAUUUCUAAUACCAGGUUAAUUACAACUUGCCAAACUGUAGUAAAAAAUAAAUUCAAUUAUGCCUACUCGCAAGAAUUUCCUUACCGUACAAAUCAUAUUUUGGAAUGUGAAUUUUAUCUUUUGGAACAUUUAGAUUGUUGUUUAAUAGUAUAUCAACCAUAUCGUCCAUUAUUGACUCUUAUUCAAGAUGUUGGCCCAGAUGAUCAAUUAUUAUCACUUGCGUGGCGUAUAAUUAAUGAUAGUCUACGAACAGAUGUUUGUCUAUUAUAUCCACCAUAUCAAAUAGCUAUUGGAUGUUUACAAAUAGCUUGUGUUGUACUACAAAAAGAUCUGAAAUCUUGGUUUGCUGAACUAAAUGCUGAUAUGGAAAAAAUUCAAGAAAUCGCACGUUAUAUCAUCAAUUUAUAUGAACUGUGGAAAACAUACGAUGAGAAAAAAGAAAUUCAAAGUUUAUUGUCUAAAAUGCCAAAACCAAAAGCAGCACCACAGCGCUGACAUCAAGCUCUAUUAUCCUCCAAUAUUUGGGAUUGAUAUCAAAAUAUCCUAUAACAAAGACAUUUUUAUUUUACUGAAUAUGUUUAUACUAGUGAUAAAUUGAUACAAUUUAUAAUUAAGCAAUUUUAUAGUAACAAUAUAAUUUUGUU